GUCUACUUAGUCUCUAUGGUGAAGACACAACAGGAAAGCCAAACCGACCAGAAAUCCCGGAGAGAAGAGGAGGAAGAGGGGGAGCGCAGAGAUCUGCGGGACGUGCGGAGCAGAAUCCAGCCAGCAGAUCUUCCUGAGAGAACCAAGCCAGAUCAUUUUAAUUCCAGCCAAGGGCCUCUGUCUUCUAUACGAGCUGCUAUCAAACGAACAAGAACAAACUCUCAGAGUGACCAUACCAGAGACAGAAGGCGACCAGAGAUCACCAUCAUCUCAGCAGAACCUCUGGUCAGCAACAACUGGUUCCCAGGAACGUCUGUGGUUUUCUCACCUCCCCCUCAGUCAGGCUGGUCUGCAGGCAUCCAAGCUGUUUCCCAGCCCCCACCAUCCUAUGACCAGGUGAUUAAAGAGACCCAAGAAGAGCACAUUUUCAAGCCUACUGCAGCCCCCCGCCAGUCCACCUGCACCACCACAAGUGCCACGCAGACCGACCCUGUGAAGGAAGACACCUCCACUACUGUCCAACAGUGCGUUGCCACUCCACCGACAGCAAAGAAAAGAUCUGCUGGUAAAAAGCCGCAAAAACCACCAAGGCCAUCAUUGCCGAAACCAGUGGACAGAGAAUCGGCUGCCGAAACUGUUGGACCCAGUGAUGAGAAGGUUGCAACAACUACAACAGAAUCCACAAACACUGAGGAGCAAAGUGACUCUAAGACUGAUGUAAAAGAAGCCAACCAGGCAGACUCUACUCAUACAUGUACCAGAUCUGUUACUGUGCACUGGGAUAUUCCUGCAAAACAUCCUGCACAGCUUCUGUCUGCCUCUGCUAUCUCUGCUGAAAAUACUCCUUCCUCUUCAGACUCAGAGCACAGUCAACGCCCCGUUCCACUUCCUCGUAUAAAAUCUCGAAAGCAGACCAUCAAGGAAGAAGCCAAAGUUCAGACUUUGGUCAAACUCAGUGAAAAUUGUGACAGCGUUCAAGUCAUCUCAGGCACUGAUCCAGAGGAUUUCUCCUCAAAUAAGUAUCUAAAGGAAUUGUUGGAGGUCUUUAGUGUAGAACACGAGUGUGAGGAGAACGGUGAUAACCAAUCAGACGAGGCCUCUCAAGGUGAAGAUGCUAGUGGCGAGAUGAGUGCCGGCAACAGUCAACGAAAUAUCCGGGCCAGGAUCCAGGCCUUUGAGAGCCAGGCUGAAGAUGGAAAUGUGGUUGAACCAGCCAAACCAGAACCUCUACCCAGGAAGACCACUAACAGACCUCCAGUUGCUGCUAAACCUUCGAUAGCUUUUAAACCUCAGUUUAACCACAGUGUCGAUAAUGACAAUCAAAAUGUACCAACCACAAACAUCCCCCAAAGCCCUACACCAGCACCUAGACCUCUGCAGCCUAGGAAAUCCGUGGGAUCGUCUGUAAAAGAGGAACUAGACACUUUACUUGCUAAGGGGGCCGUCCCACACCGGUCACGUCCUUCAUUAUUGACCAGAGCCAACAGCAUCCAUGAGGAGGAAACUUCAGCAGUUCCUCCUACACCUCCAGUGAAGCCUUCUAAGGAACCUCUGAAACCCAACCUUAACAUUAACAACCACAACUCAACCUCCGCGGUCAAAGGGAAUGAGUGUCUGUCAAAUCACAUCCCAGUCAAACCCCAGCGUAAUGUGGACAGCAUUGAAGGCUCAUUCACCAGACAAAGUGUAACAAGGAGACCAACCACCAUCAGAGUUCCCAGCAAAACUGAUUCAUUUUCAGAUCAUUUUCAGGAUAGUCCUCCUCCGCUCCCUGCUCAGAAGCCCAUAGGCUCCCUGAAUACCUCAGUGAACCACAAACAAGGCCUGCCCCCCAUCCCCAUCCUCUCCACUCAGGAGUCUUUCAAUGUUGGGCCGGAGCCAUCACUACCAUCUCGGAAGCUCAGUACAAGCAAAAGCCUCCCACCUCGCCCACCUCCAGCGAAAACAGGCCCGGGAAGACCUCCCCCACCCAGCCUGCAAGCCACAGGUCGAUCCCAUUCAGGACCACGGCAGGCUUCACCUAAACCCCAGACACAGAAGCCCCACAGGAAGGGACCAAUCUUACCUCCAAGGCCCAACCCAGGCCACCGUCUCUACAACAAAUACACUCUUCAACUUCCCCAUGGAAUCACUUCCUCUGACUACAAUGGGAGCAAUACAGGAGAACUGUCAUUUCAGAAAAAUGAAGUGCUUCUGCUGCUAGAGGAGAUUGACCACAAUACAUUUGAGUGCCAAAUUGGAGACACUAGAGGUAGAGUCCACAAGUCUCACAUGAAGGUCAUCACUCCUCUUGACUCCGUCUCAAACAUGUCCCCAUCACAGAGUGCUGGUUCAGGUGGAGCUGGGUCUGGGCUAAAGGUUCAGGCCAUACAUGACUUCACACCAGAGGGUCCAGGAGAGCUGAGUCUGCGGGCAGGAGAUGUCGUUAGCAUGGUAGAGCAGGUGGACAGCAAGUGGUAUAGAGGCACUUGUAGAGGAUCUACUGGUUACUUUCCUGUCAAUUAUGUCAAUGUGCUGUCAAAUUCACCAAAACCCCUCGUUGAAAGGAAAGUGAAGCCAUCAUCUGCAAGAGUCAGUGGCCCGAGAUGUGUGGCAAGGUUCGACUUUGAAGGCGAGCACAGCGAUGAGCUGUCGUUCUCAGAGGGCGAUGUGAUCCAGUUGAAGGAGUACGUGGGACAGGAAUGGGCUCGGGGACAGAUCGGCGUCUUUACUGGAAUCUUCCCUCUUAACUUUGUAGAGGUCAUCGAAGAUCUGUCUCCGCCUCCAAGUCAGCAGCAGACACAGCCCAAUAGGAUAGCACUGCCUGGCAUGGGUGCCUCUCCCAGUACCCACCCCAAGGUUGCCAAAACAGAUCAGGCAUCUCAGGCCACUGUGGAGUGGGUGGUGGCUCUGUAUGACUUUGCUGGGAAGUCAGACGACGACCUGUCCUUUGAACAGGGCGACCGAAUCCUGAUCACCCAGCAUAUCAACGAGGAGUGGAGCUGUGGCAGGCUCAACGGCAGAGAGGGCAUGUUCCCAAAGGCUUUUGUUGAGAGCAGCGCUGCAGGCCAGCAGUUGUCUAAUACACAGCAGAAUAAAGCUGCUGGUGGAGGGAGAGCCAAGGCUUUGUUCGACUUCGCAUCAGACUGUGAUGAGGAGCUCUCUCUGAAGGUUGGGGACAUUAUCACUAAUCUGGAGUCCAUUGAUGAUGAAUGGUUUCUGGGUGACUUAAAGGGGAAACGGGCCCUGGUCCCCAAAAACUAUGUGCAAGUACUGUGAUAGACAUGUGGCUUUCAGUACAAAAUAAAGGGGACACUGUUGGAUGACCAGAACUGAAACGAGGCCUGUGGACAAAUGUUUUUCGUAGUGGAAUUCAUAAACAUGAACUUCUUUUAACUGGAAAGCAGUAUUUCAUCUCCAAGUAGUGCGACAUCUGUUUUCUUGUGUAGCAUCAACUUAAAAUGAAGUGUUUACUGAAUGAUUUAUCUUGGUUAUAAAUAAAUAUUGUGUGAAUCUGGCUGUCAAUUUGAA